AUGUUAGAGCAGAGCGCUCUGCCUGGGCUUCAUCCUGAGGAGGGACAUGGAAUAUUGUCUCUAGUCCCACAGAAACCCUUUGUCUGUACUGAGUGUGGGAGGGGCUUCAGCCAUAGGGGUAAACUCAGUGUCCAUCUUCAAAUUCAUACGGGGGAGAAACCAUUUGUCUGCACUGAGUGUGGGGAAAGCUUCAGCCAUAGGGGUAAACUCAGUGUCCAUCUUCGCAUUCAUACGGGGGAGAAACCCUUUGUCUGUACUGAGUGUGGGAGGGGCUUCAGCCAUAGGGGUAAACUCAGUGUCCAUCUUCAAAUUCAUACGGGGGAGAAACCAUUUGUCUGCACUGAGUGUGGGGAAAGCUUCAGCCAUAGGGGUAAACUCAGUGUCCAUCUUCGCAUUCAUGCAGGGGAGAAACCCUUUGUCUGUACUGAGUGUGGGGAAAGCUUCAGCCAUAGGGGUAAACUCAAUGUCCAUCUUCGCAUUCAUACGGGGGAGAAACCCUUUGUCUGUACUGAGUGUGGGGAAAGCUUCAGCCAUAGGGGUAAACUCAGUGUCCAUCUUCACAUUCAUACGGGGGAGAAACCAUUUGUCUGCACUGAGUGUGGGGAAAGCUUCAGCCAUAGGGGUAAACUCAGUGUCCAUCUUCGCAUUCAUACGGGGGAGAAACCCUUUGUCUGUACUGAGUGUGGGAGGGGCUUCAGCCAUAGGGGGGAGAAACCCUUUGUCUGUACUGAGUGUGGGAGGGGCUUCAGACACAAGGCAACCCUGGAAGAGCACCUUGGGGCCCACAAAGAUCUGCGACCCCAUGUCUGUACUGAGUGUGGGAAAACAUACAAAUACAGAGGAGGACUAAAUGCCCAUUGUCGCAGUCACACUCGAGUGAAGCCUUAUGUCUGCAGUGAGUGUGGGAAAAUCCUUAGCUGUAAGUCUUCACUCACUAUUCAUCUUAGAUAUCACACAGGUGAGACUUUCCCUUGCACGGAGUGUGAUAAAUCCUUUAGACAAAAGAUAAACCUAAAAAGGCACCAAAUGAUCCACACGGGGGAGAAACCAUUUGAGUGCACAGAGUGCGGGAAACGCUUCCGGGAAAAAAGAAAAAUGGAGUUACAUCGACUCAUUCAUUCUGGGGUGAAACCUUUUGUGUGUUUGGAGUGCGGCCAACAGUUCAGAUGGAAACAAGCACUUCAAUAUCACCAGUUAGGUCACACCGGGGAGCGGCCGUAUGAGUGUAGUGAGUGUGGGAAAGGCUUUAGGUCUAGUGGUGAACUUGGAGCACAUGUUCGGGGCCACACAGGGGAGAAACCAUUUAUCUGUACUGAGUGUGGGAAAAGGUACCAGGGGGCACGUAGGCUCAAGGCUUCAGACUCACAUCAGAGUAGGGAAGUCUGUUUGUACCGAGUGGGGCAACGGCUGGAAAGAAAGAUCUCAAAACUCAUCCUCUCACUCAUACACGAUAGAAUUACGUUUUCUACUCUGCGAGAGGAAAGUUUGACAAAUGUUGGACAAAUAAGAAUGUUCUGUCCCGAGUCCAAAAAGCUGAAGGAUAUCAAUUUUGCACCGCAAUUCAGCGACGUUUCGAGCCCAAUUAGAGCCAUUUAUCACGCUUGCCCUACAGAGUGCAAUAAAGGCAUCUUAUCAUACGGGGAAUUGUGGGGCAAGAGGCCGGUGGGUUCGCUGCUGGGAAGCUUGUUGUGCUGA